UUUCUAAUGAUGGUGAUUCUAAUUUAAACAGCAAUGGCGGACGCACCAGCAGCAGCACCAGCCGGUGGUAGAGGAGGCGAUAGAGGAGGAUUCAGAGGUGGUUUUGGGUCAGGAGAACGUGGUAGGGGUAGAGGAAGAGGGCGUGGACGUGGUCGUGGAAGAGGUAGAGGACGUGGAAAUAAAGAUGGAGAUAAGGAAUGGAUGCCUGUUACCAAACUGGGACGUCUUGUGAAAGACAUGAAGAUCAAGUCUCUAGAAGAAAUCUAUCUAUUUUCUUUGCCAAUUAAGGAAUGUGAAAUCAUUGAUUUCUUCUUCCCAAGUACACUUAAGGAUGAAGUUUUGAAGAUUAUGCCAGUACAGAAACAGACCAGAGCCGGACAGAGAACUAGGUUCAAGGCUUUUGUUGCUAUUGGAGAUCAUAAUGGUCAUGUUGGUUUGGGUGUAAAAUGCUCAAAGGAAGUGGCAACAGCCAUUAGAGGAGCCAUCAUCUUGGCUAAAUUGUCUGUCAUCCCUGUCAGGAGAGGAUAUUGGGGUAACAAGAUUGGUAAACCUCAUACUGUACCAUGCAAGGUUACUGGUAAAUGUGGCAGUGUAACUGUAAGACUUAUCCCAGCCCCCAGAGGAACAGGCAUUGUCAGUGCUCCAGUUCCUAAGAAACUGUUGAACAUGGCUGGUAUUGAGGAUUGCUACACUUCAGCUAGAGGUUGUACAGCAACACUUGGCAACUUCGCCAAGGCAACAUAUGCAGCUAUAGCCAAUACCUAUGCUUACCUGACUCCUGAUUUGUGGAAAGAAACCACUUUCACCAAGUCUCCAUACCAGGAAUUCACUGAUUAUCUGGCAAAGAAUCAUACAAGAGAAGCAGGCCAGAAACAAGAAGUCAAAGUUUACUAGGACUUAACAACAAUAGAUACAUUGUAUCAGAAAUAAAUUGAAUUCAUUGAGA